GCAGCCGAGAGAGGUGACUGGAGCAGAUUCACACAGUUCAUGGUAGGGCCAGGACUGGAACCAGGACUCCCCAGGCCUACACACUGCCACAGUCUAAUGUGCACCACGAGAGAGCUUGAGGAUAAUUGAAGCAUGUGAAUGCCAUGGAGAAAGCUACACUGCAAAAGAUGACAUGAUUUAACUGGCUUCCCACUCUGCCUCUAUCCAAGUGUAUGAAAAGAAGACUUGAUUGCAAACAGAACUACAUUCUGCAUCGAAAUGGAACAAGCAGUCAGUGAGCCAAUGAGAGGCCAGGACAUGCAGACGCAUUUAGCCAAGGACUUUCCCAAAGUGAGAACUGACAUGGGAAAGGUUAAUCAAAAUCAGGCUAAGAAAUGCACAGUGAUUGGAGGCUCUGGAUUCCUGGGGCAGCACAUGGUGGAGCAGUUGUUGGCAAGAGGCUAUGCUGUCAAUGUGUUCGAUAUCCAGCAAGGGUUUGACAAUCCCCGGGUGCAGUUCUUUCUGGGUGACCUCUGCAGCCAACAGGACCUGUACCCAGCUCUGAAAGGCGUAAGCACAGUUUUCCACUGUGCAUCACCCCCACCAGCCAGUAACAACAAGGAACUCUUUUAUAGAGUGAAUUACAUUGGCACCAAGAAUGUCAUUGAAACUUGCAAAGAGGCUGGGGUUCAGAAACUCAUUUUAACCAGUAGUGCCAGUGUCAUCUUUGAGGGCAUCGACAUCAAGAAUGGAACCGAAGACCUCCCCUAUGCCAUGAAACCCAUUGAUUACUACACAGAGACUAAGAUCUUACAGGAGAGAGUAGUGCUGGACGCCAAUGACCCUGAGAAGAAUUUCUUCACCGCAGCCAUCCGCCCUCAUGGCAUUUUUGGUCCAAGGGAUCCCCAGUUGGUCCCCAUCCUCAUCGAAGCAGCCAGGAACGGCAAGAUGAAGUUUAUGAUUGGAAAUGGGGAGAACUUGGUGGACUUCACCUUCGUGGAAAAUGUGGUCCAUGGACAUAUCCUGGCUGCAGAACACCUCUCCCGAGACACAACCCUGGGCGGGAAGGCAUUUCACAUCACCAAUGAUGAACCCAUCCCUUUCUGGACGUUCCUGUCCCGCAUCCUGACAGGCCUCAACUACGAGGCCCCCAAGUACCACAUCCCCUACUGGCUGGCCUACUACCUGGCCUUCCUGCUGUCCCUGCUGGUGGUGGUGCUCAGUCCGGUCAUCCAGAUCCAGCCCACCUUCACCCCAAUGCGGGUUGCACUAGCUGGGACAUUCCACUACUAUAGCUGUGAGAGAGCCAAAAAGGCCAUGGGCUACCGGCCACUGGUCACCAUGGAUGAUGCUGUGGAGAGGACCGUGCAGAGCUUUCACCACCUCCGGAAAGUCAAAUGAGCCACGUGGAGAUUGGGCAUCCUCACCACGGUCUCCAGCCAAUAACUGUGCCCCUGUGGACCAAUGAACUAACAUCCUUCAAAUGAGUUUCUUCUCAGCUUAUGCUCAGAAAGCUCCUUCUAGUUAGAUGGGAGCACACCCUGCCCCUGCCAUGGCAUUUCCUCCUUGACAGGAUUACAUUUGGGUUUCUUAAAGCAGGCAGCUUCAUGUUUUUUUGACUUUUUGUUCUCU